GUGACACAGCGUAGCAUCAGUUGAUUCUUGUAGCGCAACAAAGUUACACACAGUAAGCAACAUGAAAUUCUUGAUCGCCGCCGUUUCUUUGGCCUUGAUUGCCGGAAGUUUGGCCGUUACCGAUGAAGAGAAAGCACAGGCUAAGCAGCUGGCCGAACAUUGUAUGAAGGAAACGGGCACAUCGGAAGAAUCGGUCAAACGUCUGCGCAAUGGAGAUACCUCGGAUGCCGAUGACAACACCAAGUGCUUCGUACAGUGCUUCUUCCAGGGUGCCGGAUUCGUUGAUGCCGACGGUAACAUCCAGGAAGACCAUCUCACAGAGAAGCUCGCCAGCGAAUACGAUCGUGAGAAGGCUGAAGAACUGGUGCAGAAGUGUAAGAACAACGCUGGAGCAAACCCAUGCGAGCGGUCAUUUGCCCUGCUCGAGUGUUACAUCGAAAACCGGGCUAGUCUUGUCUAAAUGUGUAAUUAAUUCUGGGAAAUAUUGUUAUCUUGAAACUUCAUUUUGAAUAGCAUAUCGCAAGAACUUCUUCCUUUUUUGACUAUACUAACAAGUUCCUAAUAGCUAGAAAGUAAUAAAUCUUUACCAACUAACAA